AUGGGCAAGAAGAAGCGCGGACACCCCGACGUCGAGGACGUCCUCUCCCGGCCUUGGUGCUAUUACUGCGAGCGUGAUUUUGAAGAUCUGAAGCUUCUCAUCUCUCAUCAGAAAGCCAAGCACUUCAAGUGCGACAGAUGCGGUCGCCGACUCAAUACCGCUGGAGGUCUAUCCGUCCAUCUGAACCAAGUUCACAAGGAAACUCUCACCCAAGUCGAGAAUGCGCUACCGAAUCGACAAGGCCUCGAUGUGGAGAUCUUCGGCAUGGAGGGUAUUCCCCAGGAUAUUUUGGACCAGCACAGGAACCGCAUCAUCCAGAACUUCUAUCAGGCCCAAGAGGACCGCAGGAUCGCCACCGGCAACCCCUUACCUGGCCAGUCGAAACAGCCGAGGAAGAAACUCAAGGUUGAGACUCCCGAAGAGUUGAAGGCCCGCCUUGCCGAGCAUCGCGCACGACUGGCCGCCGGGCAUCCUCCCGCUACUAGUGGCAGCCCUGCCAAUGGCGCCCCUGCGAGCGCCAGCCCGGGUGCAUUUAACAACUCUCCGUACCCGCCGCCUCAAGCGCCUUACGGUGCGGCUCCCGAUCCGAACUACCCGCCUGGUGCUGCCCCUGGCGCUCCGGCCUACCCUCAACAGGGCUAUCCGCAAGGCAACUUUGGCGGUUUCUCUGCAUCAUCUCUUCCCGCGAGACCGACGAGUGGCCUUCAAGCGAUGCCCGGUCUACCUCAACGACCGCCCCAACAUGGCGGCCAGUUCUGGAAUGGCUCUGGCGCACCGCCGCCUGGCUUCCCAGGAGCAUCCACUGUCGAUGAGCUGGUUUCUGGAGCGGCACAACACGGAGACGAAAUCGACGAGCUCAUUCGCAGAGCCGAGUCCGGUAUCAAGCCAGCCAAGAAGCCCGAAGAUGAAGCCGGUGAUGAGGCCGCAGGCGACAAGAAGUCGAAGAAGGAUAAGAACGGCAGAAUGUUCUAUGCAGACACAGAGGUCAGCCCUGAGGAGCGCAUGGCGCAAAUACCGAGAUACGCCUACAAAACAACACUGCAUCGCGUUGCGGAUCAUCGACAAAAUGGCACACGCUCGUACGCCAUUCUCUCCCACACCUGGGGCAACCAAGAAGUCGAAUUUCACCACAUGUCGAAUCUGAACAGUGCAAAGACGAAAACAGGAUGGAACAAAAUCAGGAUGACCUGCAAGCUUGCCCGCUCCAAAUUCAAGUACGCAUGGGUCGACACAUGCUGCAUUGACAAAAGCAGCAGCGCCGAGUUGACAGAAGCCAUCAACUCCAUGUACUCCUGGUAUCAAUCGGCCGAAAUAUGUUACGUCUACCUAGCAGACCUAAGUCCAAUACCUGAAGGGCUUAGGGGCACAUAUCGUUACGAUUACCUCAGAGACAAAUUACCCAAGUGCCGCUGGUUUUCUCGGGGCUGGACUCUCCAAGAGCUGAUAGCCUCAAAGCAAAUCGAGUUUUACGACAAGAAAUGGAACCUCGUAGGCGAGAAAAGCGACCUCAUAACUAUUAUUCAGGAGAUCACACGAGUUGACGUGAGCAUUUUACAAGACAAUUCAGACCUACAAACACUCCCGGUAGCACGUCGCAUGUCCUGGGCCGCCGGCCGCAAAACCACAAGAGUCGAGGACAUUGCCUAUUGCCUCCUUGGUAUUUUUGAUAUCAAUAUGCCAUUGCUAUAUGGCGAGGGAUCAAAAGCAUUUCAAAGACUUCAAGAACACAUCGCCAAUGAGACCAACGACUUGAGCCUUUUUGCGUGGCAGAAAAAGAUCGACUACCAAGCGGCUUCAGCUCCAGGGCUCAGUGGUGUAUUCGCAGAGUCUCCAGCAGACUUUACAUACUGCUCUACCCUCAUGAGACACCGAGAUCGAUUUCAGUUCAGGAACGACUUUACCCUCACCAACAACGGUCUCCAAGUCAAGGCCCAAAAGCUCAGGCUGCCGGCGAAUGACGCUGCGGAAGCGGCGAACGAUGCCGACGCGUUCUACGCAUUGAGUCUUGAUUGUCUCGAAACCAGUGUCAGAACGCAAGGGACCCCCAAAUGGCUUGCAAUCUGGCUACUCAAGGUCGGAACGACGUUUGUUAGAGCGGUUCCAGAUCAGGUGUAUGCAUACAACUCGAGAUUACAAUGGUCUAAUGCCACGCUGGACACAUUUGAUGCCUGUAUCCGCAAGACGCUAUACGAUCACGAAACGACGCGGCUGGCGUCCUUCAUGGGAGCCAAGAUCGGAUUCGAGUACGACUCGCAGCUCAAAAACUUGAUUAUCUCCAAGACAGCGAACCCCGUGGAGGCAUGCGUGCGAUCCUCCGUCGCAGACUUUGUCUUUGACUGCCACGGGCUCGACAAUUUCGCUGGGACGCAUUGUUUCAAGAUCCAAUUCGGAUUUCCAUUACAGAAGGUUACCCUGGGCAUCAUCUGUGGCCUUCAGUGGGAUGGCUCGCGUUGUCGACCGUGGGCGGCACUUUUUGACGAGCUUUCGGUCGAAGGGACCGAAUCGGAGCUGCUGAUGAGAUACGCACAGGUGAUCCCUGGCGUUAAGGCUGAGGAGAGACUGUCGGAGAUUCGCGACUACAUGAUGUGUCGAUUCACGGAUCAAUCAGGCCUGUACAAGUCGAAUUUGAUGCCCAAGUCUGCAACCAUUAUUCAGUACGGGACUGUCAUCACACAUCGUAUCUGGAUCGAGGCGGAACCCAGAAAGAUCGACGAGGUUUCCUUCUCUCGAGGUUCGUCUUCUGCGUACAUAUUCAAGGUCCAUUAUCGAUCUGGCGUGAACCAGGCAGAUUAG